GUACUCAGAACCUAAGGGGUGCCCGGUGCUGAAGGGGAGGGAUAAGAACUGCCCGUCUUAGAUGCUCUGAAAACCUACUGCAGUAUCUAUGCAUGCCUAUACAAUUAUUCAUGAUGCUGGCAGCCCCAAACAGGACAUAAACCUGACACCAUGCAGCAGAAGACCCAAUUAUUCCUCCAGGCUCUGAAGUCUAGUGUUCCUCACCUUGGGAAAUGCAUGCAGAAACAGCCUUUGAAUCACUGGCACUUCGCUGAGCAUUGUUACAGUAGAAUAAAAUUGAGAAAAUACCACCUACCCAAGUGUCUGCAGAAUAAAAACAAGAUAUCAGAGUUAGCAAGAAACAUCCCAAGUCGGAGCUUCUCCUGUAAGGAUCUUCUGCCGCUUAAACAAGAAAGCAAAAACUCCCCUUCAGAAAACAUGGAUGCCUUUGAAAAAGUGAGAACGAGGUUGGAAACACAGCCACAGGAAGAAUACGAAAUCAUCAAUGCAGAGGUGAAACACGGAGGUUUUGUUUACUAUCAAGAAGGCUGCUGCUUGGUUCGUUCAAAAGAUGAAGAAGCCGACAGUGACAACUACGAAGUGUUAUUCAAUUUGGAGGAACUUAAAUUAGACCAGCCCUUCAUUGAUUGUAUCAGAGUUGCUCCAGAUGAAAAAUAUGUGGCCGCCAAGAUAAGAACUGAGGAUUCUGAGUCAUCUACUUGUGUAGUUGUGAAGCUCAGUGAUCACCCUGUCAUGGAAGCAUCUUUCCCAAACGUGUCCAGUCUUGAAUGGGUCAAAGAUGAAGAAGAGGAAGAUGUUUUAUUCUACACGUUCCAGAGGAACCUUCGCUGCCACGACGUUUAUCGAGCCACUUUUGGUGAUAAUAAACGUAAUGAACGUUUUUACACAGAAAAAGAUCCAAGCUACUUUGUCUUCCUUUAUCUCACAAAAGACAGUCGUUACCUCACCAUAAAUAUUAUGAACAAGACCACUUCUGAAGUGUGGUUGGUAGAUGGCCUGAGCCCUUGGGACCCACCAUUCCUUAUCCAGAAGCGAAUUCCUGGGGUCCUGUACUACGUUGAACACAGAGAUGAUGAACUGUACAUACUCACUAACGUAGGCGAGCCUACAGAAUUCAAGCUCAUGAGAACAGCAGCUGAUAGUCCUGCUGUUAUGAAUUGGGAUUUAUUUUUCACGAUGAAGAGAAACACCAAAGUUGUGGACUUGGACAUGUUCAAGGAUCACUGUGUCUUGUUCCUGAAGCACAGCAAUCUCCUUUAUGUGAAUGUCAUCGGUCUGGCUGAUGACUCGGUGCGAUCUCUGAAGCUCCCUCCCUGGGCCUGUGGAUUCAUAAUAGAUACAAAUUCUGACCCAAAGAACUGCCCCUUUCAACUGUGCUCUCCAAUACGUCCCCCCAAAUACUACACAUACAAGUUCGCAGAAGGCAAGCUCUUUGAGGAAACAGGGCAUGAAGACCCGAUCACAAAGACGAGCCGCGUCCUACGUCUGGAAGCCAAGAGUAAGGAUGGAAAAUUAGUGCCGAUGACCGUUUUCCACAAAACGGACUCUGAAGACUUGCAGAAGAAGCCUCUCCUGGUACAUGUGUAUGGGGCCUAUGGGAUGGAUUUGAAAAUGAAUUUCAGACCUGAAAGACGAGUGUUGGUUGAUGAUGGAUGGAUCUUAGCAUAUUGCCACGUUCGGGGUGGUGGUGAGUUAGGCCUCCAGUGGCACGCUGAUGGCCGGCUAACUAAAAAACUCAAUGGCCUUGCUGACUUAGAGGCUUGCAUUAAGACGCUUCAUGGCCAAGGCUUUUCUCAGCCAAGUCUAACAACCCUGACUGCUUUCAGUGCUGGAGGGGUGCUUGUGGGAGCAUUGUGUAAUUCUGCCCCAGAGCUCCUGAGAGCCGUGACUUUGGAGGCCCCUUUCUUGGAUGUUCUCAACACCAUGUUGGAUACGACACUUCCUCUGACACUGGAAGAACUGGAGGAAUGGGGGAAUCCGUCAUCUGAUGAAAAACACAAGAACUACAUAAAACGCUACUGCCCCUAUCAAAAUAUUAAACCUCAGCAUUACCCUGCGCUUCACAUCACAGCGUACGAAAACGAUGAGCGGGUCCCUCUGAAAGGAAUCGUGAGCUACACGGAGAAGCUCAGGGAAGCCACCGCUGAGCAUGCCAAGAACACGGGCGAAGGUUACCAGGUCCCCAAUAUUACUUUAGAUAUUCAGCCAGGAGGCAAUCAUGUGAUUGAGGAUUCUCACAAAAAGAUUACAGCCCAAAUUAAAUUCCUGUACGAGGAGCUUGGACUGGACAGCACCAAUGUUUUUGAGGACCUUAAGAAAUACUUAAAAUUCUGAACCACCACCACCAACUAAGCAUGGGAAACAUGCUGAAAGAUUUCCGUCUUUCUCGUCAUUGCAUUAGCAAAGUGAGAUUCUUUUUUCCAGUUAUUAAGUAAUCUUUUUUAAAAUUUGCUACUUUACCUAAAUUAAUCUUAGUUUAGAUCUCACUUGUUGAUACUGUUCUAUCUAUUGACGCCCUAAACCUAAUGAAAUCAGUUUUCAAACCCUGCACCUUCAAAGGGCACAGGUUAGGGAGCAAGGGAGGAGGGGUGGGUGGCCUCGGGGCUCUGGGUGUGGCCCUCCCAGUCAGAAGAGCUUUUUGGUUUUGUCUGUUUCCCUGGAACCAUUUCUAAAUCAAUGUUCCCGCCACCUCUUCACCAGUGAGCCUUUUUAGCUCUGUAGCAUUGUAGGAGUGGGUCAUCCUCCCACUUUCUAUGACUCGAUUUUAAGAAAAAAGAUAAUCUUCACGUUAAAUGUAUCACAUCUUUGAAGUAAGCUGGGCUCUAAGGCAUUCUGAUCCUCUUAGCGACGCUGUUUCAGUGAACGUAUAUGUUCCUGCAAGGGAUCACUUUCUUUUAAAUACUUUAUUAUUAUUUAAGAACAUUUGAGAGCCUUUCUUAAGCAUUUGUAGUCAAGCUACUGAAAUAUCGUAAGUUUCUUGACGAGUCUUCAUAAGGUUUACUCAGCAGAAAGAAAGCUAUAUAAGGGGGCUUCAAAACAUCCAUGGGGAAGUCCAUUCUCUUUCCAUUCCCUGGCUCCACGACCUCUGUGACGUCCCCUGGUGGGUGGAGGUGACCAAAUGCUUGUGAUAAGCGUGUGUGCCAGGGUCCCCAUCUGGAGCGCAGAGGUGCUUAACACAAGCUGUGCAGUAUGCCCAGCGCGCUGGAGUAGCAGGCCCGAUUGGACACGAAACACCUGUCUCGGAGAGCUGCUUCGUAAUGAAGGAAGGUCUUUGUAUUGUAUUCAAGGAUGAGCCCGUCUCCCUUGUCCAGUUUGAUGGCACUGGUGUCCAGGGCACUGCCUUCGAUGGCAGAAUUGGUACUUAAGCGGAUGUGCACCGUGGCGGGAAGUCCCGACAUCAUCGCUGCUAAGUUUACCACUGAUGUUGACUCCCCAAAAUUCAGAGCCACGGCCAAGACUCGGUCCAAGCCGUCCAGCUCUCUCGUGUACACAACCACACGGCCAUCGUCCCCCGUGUUCCCCACAUGGCAAAACCAGCCCCUGCUGAGCAGCAGAUCAUUAGCAUGAAGUGAACUUAGUUCUUGAUACAGCUUCAAACUUGAUCUUAACUGAGUGUUCUGGGCCUGUUGAAGGGGGGAAAAAAAUCAGGGUUAUUUACCUAAAUUAAUUUGAUUCAAAUCAUGUUUUUUAAAAGAUUUUUUAGUAUCUACUAGGGCUAUAACUCCUAAAAAAAGUAUCAAUUUUACCCCCUGAAUAAAUAACCAAAUUAGAACCGUUAGGAAGCAGAUACGAAUCUGCUCAUGUACAGACCGACAGUUGCAGAUCCGGGGUCCCCUCAAGUGCAUCACCUUCUGCUGCACCUCAGCCAGAGCAGCUGUGGAGACCAGCAUUCACGUACCGGGACGCCCGAAGCCCCCGGGUGUAAGUCACUGUCUGUUUAACUUGCCUAAACACACUCCCUGCCUGUCACACUGUACUGCCAAAUGCCUGGGUAGAAAGCAGCCACUAUGUCCAGGGACUCUUAAGAAUUUCUGAUGUCUGCUUAUCGGUUCUCUGUAGGGUAUUACGUAGGCUGCCCCUGUGCAAAGAUCUUGUGACUUCAUCAGAUGUGGAUUUCUUCAUAGCUGUUACAUUAAAGAGAUGCAAAGUAAAAAGCUGCUUAAAGUCAAAGUUAGAAAUUAUAGAUGUAAAACUUUUUGCUACAAAGCAGUGUGUCCAUUUAAAAAAGAUUUUCCAUUUAUUUUACCACUAUAUCGAGUGUGCUUUAUUGCUGUUUAUGUUUUCUUUGCUUUCCUCUCAACAUUUUUGGCCUUGUCCCCGUACGUGGCCUCCAUCGUGUCACUGUACUGGCAGUACUGGCGUAGGCCACACCUAAAGUGACUCCCUUUCAUGUCAGCACUCAAGAGUCAGCAGCACCUUCGUGUGUGUUCAGGGUCGCCUUCCCUCAUAUGUUUUGAUGAUUUCUAUAGAAGAGUUUAUCAGAAAAGAAGUUACAAAAAGACCAAAGUGUACGGACACUUGAUGGACAAUUCCAAAUUCGUAUUCGUAAGUGUUGUUGCCAAAUCAGCAGUGAUGUUCAUUUUAUUGUAUUCUUGCCAGCCGUGUUUAGUCGGGGGGUGGGGAGUGAACUUGUUUGUAGGUGGCUGCCUAAUAUAUGGUCUUUAUUGAGUAUCUAAUGAAUGUUUGGAAAAAAAUGUUUAUUCUGUAUCCAUGUCACCGGCAUUAAUGGUACAUGUAUAUGACUUGUCAGCGUUGUUAUUAAUAUUUUCUAUAGCCUUAGGUAAUGCAUGUAAAGCACACAGUUCAGUGCUACUCAGAUAAGAAGUGCCCUAUAACUGUUAGCGCCUCGUUUUAUUACCUCUGAUUUGUCAGUUUCAAGUCUGUUGAAGUCCUUCUCUGUAGUUGUGGGUUUGUCCAUUUCCCGGAUUAUUUGUCUUACUUAUUUAAAAGCUGUUGUUAGAUGCAUAAAGAUUUAUGAUUUUAGUGAAAAGUUCUUUUAUCAAAUUUUUAAUAUUGCCUUUGUCUCAUAUAAUGCUUUUCAUAUGGAAUUCUAUUUUGUCUGCUAUUAAAUAUCUCCAUACCUA